UAUCAUUCAUAUCAUCUUACCAUCGCUGUGGGAAAUCAAUACCAAACCAAAAUGUCCGCACAACUCCGCAUAUUGUUCCUGAACGCCUCUCAGUUUGCAUGCAGCUGAACGUUUUUGUGGAUAUUUCUGCUGUUAACAAAGGGAACUUUUGGAUGGCUGGUUCUGGCAUGAUGAUUCUGGCUCGGAUCGUAUUGUUUUUAUCAGUUAAUCUGGCUGAAUGCGUGCCAGAGAAGCCAAAGAGAUCCGCUCUGAACCAGCUGACCCGAACCCUGCUGAGGAAAUAUGACAGUGGAGUUCGACCUGUCCACAACUGGACCAGCUCUACUACGGUCUACAUAGACCUCAUACUGCAGUCUGUCCUCGAUGUGGAUGGAAAGACCCAGAGCAUUACUACAAGCAUUUGGUACAGACAGAUCUGGAGGGAUGAGUUCCUCGUCUGGGACCCGGAGGACUUUGACGGCAUCACUGAGCUCUCUCUCUCCUCUGACGCCAUCUGGGUGCCUGACGUCAUCGUCACCGAAUUUGUGGAAGAGGGAAAGUCCCCUCCCAUCCCCUACGUUUACGUCAACUCGUCUGGUUCUGUGAGGAACUACCGGCCGAUCCAGGCGGUGCUGGCGUGCAGCUUGGAGAUGUACGCCUUUCCUUUUGACAGGCAGAACUGCAGCCUCACCUUUCGCAGCUGGCUUCACUCAGUGAAAGAAAUCGACCUGGCUCUGUGGAGGAGCGCAGAGGCCAUAGCGGGCGAUAAGAGGGAGUUCAUGAACGAUGGCGAAUGGGAACUGCUGUCCGUUCCAUCCCAGUACUGGCAUAUCCGCCAAGACAACGCCGACUAUGCUCAGAUCCAGUUCAACCUGCUGAUCCGCCGGCGCCCCCUGCUGUACGUGGUCGGCCUCCUCAUUCCCAGCAUCUUCCUCAUGCUGGUGGAUGUGGUGAGCUUCUGCCUGCCUCUGAACAGCGGAACGAGAAUCGCCUUUAAGAUCAGCAUUCUGCUGGGUUACACCGUCUUCAGGGUCAACCUGACAGACGAACUGCCCGCCACCGCUCUCAGGACUCCUCUCAUUGGUGUGUUCUUCGCGGUGUGCAUGGCCAUGCUGAUGCUCAGUCUCAUCAAGUCCAUAUUGGUGGUGAAGCUGCUGCAUCACAGCGAGAAAGAGGUCAAGCAAAUGUCACUGUCUGCCUGCCUGCUGGACCGGUACGGCUCAGCCGGCCACAGCCUCAGCGAGAGCGCUUUGACCUCCAUCAAAACCCUCGACAACAUCUGCGCGCCUGGAGAUUAUGAGCUUGAAAGCUCCCUGGAGGAAGAUCUCCUGUCCCUGAAUGACGUCCCAGAUCCUCCCUCUGGCCUGGAGUUUCUUCUCCAGGAACUGGUUUCCCUUCGGAUGGCUUUUUCCCAGGAGGACAGCGAGUCUUCAGCUCAGGCCGAAUGGCUGUCGCUCUGCCUGCGGCUCGACCGCUUGCUGUUUCGCCUCUACCUGCUGGUUUUAGCCGUGUACACCGGUACGCUGCUGCUGCUGUGGGCCAGAUGGAGCUUCACUUGAGCCAGCAGCACAUUGAGGCCCCGGCUCCUGAAAUAUGAUCAACUUGGUGGUUCGGUUCAACCAGUACCACUGAUUGGGAAACUCAUUCAGAAGAGAAGUCAUCUAAUUUAGACAAACUCACUGUAAAUGGUAUUACUAAGUCAUAGAUUUUAUAAACAAUUAUCUAAAAGUUUUGCAUUUCUUUUUUUUCCUAAAAGAAUGACCAUGUUUUAGAGGCUCUGAACUCCCUAUUAUUGCAAAAAGUGAUUGAACAAGAGCUUUUAGAUGCUCUCAUUGACUCCUUCUACAAUU